AAUUGCGUUCCGUCAUUUGUAUUUGGAACGCCGUAGCAGCAAGAAGGACACGAGCGAGAGCGACUAAGCGACGAAGCGACGUGCGAACGGAGUGUGGAGCGGCUAUUUUAGCUUUUAGCGCCCUUUUUGUUUCAUUUUCUUUAACUAACAACAAAAAAAAAAAAACGACAUCAAACAAAAACCAAACAUACGGCAAACAACAAAUUUUUGGCAACAUUUUCGGCAAAAAAAAACUAUUUUUCGGACUAAAACAAAAAUCAAAACAAAAAAACGAGAAGCGAAAGAGAAAAAACUUUAAAGUUUUACGUAUAAUUAACGCGUUUUAUAUUGUUUUCUAUUGUGUUCGUAAACAUAAAAAUAUAUUUUUUUUUCUGUUCUUAAACCCCCCAAAAAUAAAUCGACAAAAGUGAUCGUGGUAACCAAAAAAAAAAAAAGUAUAAAAGAGAAAAAAUUUAAGCAAAGAGUAAAACAAAAAACUUACCGGCAAAACAAAAAAGAAAAAAGAAUCAAAAUUCGAAAUUAACAAAAAGAAAGAAAUCAAAGCCAAAAGCAAAGUUGAAAACACAAACACGAAAUACAAAAAAGAAAGAGUCCAUAAGUGUUCUUCGGUAUUUUUUUUAUGUUAUUAUUCUUCAGUUGUUUUGUGUUUCGGUGAAGAAGAAGCAGCAGCAGCGGAAGAUCAGCAGCAGCAUCGAGAGCAAAAAAGUUACAACAACAGCAAAACGAAAACUGCACAAAGCAGCAAAAGGCGCAGCAAAUACAAAUACAACAAACAAAAACCAAAUACAAUACAACAACAACAAAACAAAAUAUAACGAAGCCGGCCCAAGAGCCAACGAAUAACAAACUAAAACAAAACAACAACAAAAAAGAAAGAAAAAAAACCUAAAAGCAGAACUGCAACAACAACAACAACGAGAACGUGAACGAGAAGAUAACAUAAGUGAAAAAGCGGGCCACAUGAGCAGCAGCGCAACGCAGCCGACGCCAACGCAGACGCCAACGUCGACGACUUAUGUAGCGUUUUAUGGCGAGCAUAAAAAGUGAAAUGCCGCCACUGCAUGCGGCAGAGGCGCUCGCCUCCAGCAGCAGCAGCAGCAGCGCCACUGACAGCGGCGGUGGCAGCGGUGGAGUUGAUGCUGCAACCGCUGCAGCAGCAGCAGCAACCACAGCAGCAUCAUCAGCAGCAGCAGCAGCAACAACCACAACAACAACAGCGGCAACAGUUGCAGCUGGCACUGGCUCGGGCGGCAACAGCGCGCCAGCAACACCAAAUGCGAAUGCCACAAUAAGCGCCGCAGCCGAUUCCAGUGACAAUCAACCAGGCACGCCACAGCCAACAACACAGCAGCAGCAACAACAACAGCAGCAGCAACAGCAGCAGCAGCAACAAGGACUCAUGUCUGCCGAUGUACAACAGCAACAGCAGCAACAAGCUGCAGGCAUAACGCACCAGCCAUAUGCCACACAUCACAUGUACGCCAGCAACACACAGCAGCAACAGCAGCAGCAGCAGCAACCACAACAGCAGCAACUUUAUGGCAGCCUCUACGGCGGCGACAUGCAACAGCCACAGCAGCAGCAACAGCAACAGAGCUACAGCUACAUCAACAGCUAUGAGCAAUUCUAUCAGCAACAACAGCAGCAGCAGCAACAACAACAGCAACAGCAGCAGCAACAACAACAUCAAAGCGAAUACAGCCCCUUCAUCGAUUACAGCAAGGUGGCAAGUGUGCGCUAUCAUCCGUACUUGCAACAGCCAACCUCAGUGCUGUCCUCAUCGGCAGCCGCAGCGGCAGCCGUGACAGCCGUCGAUGAAUCGACAGCGGCAACCGUUGCCGCCGUUAGCACAUCGACAGCAGCAGCCGUGGCAGCGAUGUCGCCGCGUGUCGUCAGCAGCAGCAGCCCAACAUCGACGUCGUCGCAUCUGCAAUUGGGCAGCGCAGCGCCGAGUUCGCCCGGGGUGAAGUUGCAGUGCAAAAAAUGCGGCAUACUGACGACCAACGAGUCCGAGCUGCAGGAGCACAUUGCCAAUGUGCACGGCGAAUCGCCGUACGGCAGCAGCGGUUACGCCAGUUCGCCGUACAUCAAGGAGGAGAUGCCAACGCCGACGCAUGCGGUGGCCGCAGCGACCGCUAGCGGUGAUCUGCUCGAUUUGGAUUCCCAAAAGAUGGUCUAUCACCAGCAGAUGUUGCAACAGCAGCAGCAGCAGCAACAACAGCAGCAGCAACACGAUGUUGUGGUUGCCGGAUUGCCGUUGGCGUUGCCCGAUCCCUUGCACUCGAUGCAAACGAUGCAACAGCGUGCGUUGCACAGCUGGGAACAGGCGCAACCACAGCAACUGUCGAGCACCGAAGGAUUGCCGCCGUACAUGCAACCGCUGAUCGAAAAGUCGCCGUACGGCGUCGCCUAUUCGCCAAAGCAAUCGCCGUACCAUCAGGCGAGCAGCAUCAAGCAGGAGUAUCCGAUGAUCAAGUCCGAGUAUGCCGACUCUCAGCACUAUGUGGACAAAUCGUUUGAUCCCACCAAUGCCGGUGAUGUGGCCACGAGUCCGGCCGAGUUUCCCAGCACAACGACAGCGCCGGAUAACGGCGUCGCAACGCCGUAUCGCGGCUUUGAGCCGCCCAGCUCGAGUUCGGUGCUGCCGGCAAACAGUUUGACCGCCAAGGCGGCCACCUGGAAGUCGAAUGAGGCGCGUCGCCCCAAGACCUACAAUUGCACCGCCUGCAACAAGUGGUUCACCAGCUCGGGGCAUUUGAAGCGUCACUACAACACGACGUUGCACAAGAAUGCGGUGAAAUCGAGCGGACAACCCGAUCCGGCCACAUUGCCCAUUUCGGCGCAUCAUCAUCCGUCACGGGAUCCGGUGACGAAGACAAGUCGACGCGGUAAUGCGGCUGCCGCAGCAGCUGCGGCCGCAGCAGCAGCAGCGGCAACGGCAGCAGCCACAGCGGCGCAAGAGUCGCAACCGGUUGCUGUCGUUCAGCCGCCGGAGCCGCCGCGUAGUCCGCCGGACUAUGGCGGAGGAGGAGGAGGAGGGGUUGGUCUGGCGACGGGUGUGCAGCAGGUGGGCGCCGCCAUGUCGCAGUAUUCGGCAUCGCCAUCGCCCACCAUUGCAGCACAGCAGCAGCAGCAGCAACAGUUGCUCGUGCAGAACAACAAUGGUUAUCAUGCGGCGAGCAAUGGGCAUCAUUAUCAUCACGCCUAUGGCAUGCAACAAGUGCAAUCGACGACAAACGCUUCACCACAGCACGCUAACAACAGCAACAACAACCACAACAACAGCAGCAGCAGCAACCAUAGCAGCAGCAGCAACAACAACAACAACAACUCUUCUACAGCCGUUUUGAACGGUCACCCAAACGGGCUAGCAGGUCCCUCCGCCCCAAUCAACAACAUCAACAACAACAACAACAACAUCACACAAAUGCCGUCCUCCCAAAUGAGGGGCCUGCUGAACAAAACAACAACCAACAACACCCGAACAACAACCACAACACCAACAACAGCCACAACGCCAGCAACACGAGUCACAGUCAUAGCUAUAAAGACCGAACAAAUGGAGGACAGCAACAGCAACAACAGCAACUCAGCAAUGGUCAUGGAUCCGCAGCAACAACAGCAAUUGGAGCUGGAAGCGGAGGAGGAAGCGGAAUUGCAGCAAUUGGAGGCGCAGCAGCAUCGCCAGGAGCAACAUCUGCAGCAGCAGCAGCAGCACUUGCUGGUGGAUCAGCAGCAGCAAUAUCUGCUGUCGCGGCCAUAUCACAGCAGCAACAACAGCAACAGCAGCAGCACGCGCAGCAGCAGCAGCAACUCGCCCCUUACUAUUUGCCCCCAGCCGGUUUACCACCAACACCAACAGCUGUUGCCGCCGCUGCCGCAGCAGCAGCUGCUGCAGCCGCUGCAUCAGCAACAACAGCAACAGCAGCAGCAACACCACCUGGAUCAGCAGCCGCAGCAGCAGCAGCUGCAGUUGGAGCAAGCAAUGGAUUUCUCGCGCACAACGCCGCUGCUGCCGCCGCCGCCUAUGGGAGCGCUGCUGCCGCCUAUGGGAAUGGAUUACAACAUGCUGGCUUUGGAUAUGCAACAGCAGCACAGCAAUAUGCUGCAGUGCAGCAGCAGCAUCAUCAGCACGCCGCCGCAGCAGCCAAUUAUUACCACCACGCCCACGCCCAUGCCGCUCACGCCCACGCCGCUCACCACGCCCACGCCCAUCACCACGCCCACGCCCAUGCCGCUCACGCCCACGGGCAACCACUUGCACCACCCCCACCACCACCACCACCACAUGGCCACCACCCACACCAUGGGCCCCAUCCACAUGCCAGCCAUCCACAUGGCCACGCCCACCACCCACACCCACAUGGCCACCCACAUGGGCAUCCCCAUGGGCAUCCACAUGGCCAUCCAGCAGCAGCAGCUGCAGCUGCCGCAGCAGCAGCAGCAGCACACCACCAAUAUGGACAUGGGAUGCACCACUAUGCCGCUGCCAGCGCAGCAGCAGCAGCAGCAGUUGCCACCAGCAACGGUCCAACAGCAGCAGCAGCAGCAGCAACAUUAUCUGGAGCAACCGCAAGUGUCUCCCCAGCAGCAGCAGCAGCAGCAACAACAACUGCUGGACAGCAGCAGCAAUCACAGUAUGGCCAGCAACCAUACGCACAACAGCAACAACAUCAGCAGCAGCAGCAGCACACCACCACCCCAGCAGCAACACAGCAACAGCAGCAACACCAUCAGCAGCAGCAGCAGCAGCAGCAUCAACAACAACAGCAUCACCAGCAACAGCAGCAACAUCAGCAGCAGCAGCAACAACAACAUCAUCACCAGCAGCAGCAACAGCAACAGCAGCAACACGCUGCCAUGCUACCAGCAACUGCCGCCAUUGCUGGAGCCCACAAUGAGCUAUCACACUAUUAUUGGUAAUGAUGCAGCAGCAACAGCAGCAGCAGCGGCAGCAGCAACCACUGCUUACACCAGCGAUGGCCAAUUGUUGCAACUGAUGCCCACAUCGUUGUUUGCCCCUUACGCUCCGCUCUCCCCGUAUUCGGUGGCUGCUCAGAGAUCUCCCCAAGAGGGCGAUUUGCCGCCGGUGCACACGCUGACAACGGCGUUGCAUGCUCAGCAGGAGGCAUUGUUGCCGCCGGCGACAGCAACACUCACGUUGCUUGCAACGGCAACCACGCCCACCGCCUACUCGCCCACUGUGAGCAGUUCGCGUGCAACGCCCGCAUUGGAAAUGGAUAUGGUCACACUGAUUACGCAACAACAGCAGCAGCAGCAGCAACAGGACUACGAACUCGAGCAGCAAUAUCAACUGCAGCAGCAGCAACAACUCGAGCAGCAACAACAACUCGAACAGCAGCAACUCGAAUUGCAGCUGCAACAACAACAACAACAACAACCACAACAGACAACAACAACAGUUGCAGCUGUGCUGCCAAAGAAACGUCGCCAAGCUGCAGCAGCAGCAACAUCUUCAUCAUCAGCGCCGCCAAGCAAACGACGUCGCUACAGCAGCGUGGGCUCAACGUCGCCGCAUUCGACAACACUGCCAUCGGGUCGGAUUAAGUGCUUGGAGUGCGACAAGGAGUUCACUAAGAAUUGCUAUUUGACGCAGCACAACAAGAGCUUUCAUUCCGCAGCAAGCUGGUCAACAACGAAGCGUCAAUACCAAUACCAACAGCAACAGCAGCAACAGCAGCAACAACAUCAUGAGCAGCAUCAUCACCAGCAGCAGCAGCAUCAUCAGCAAUAUCAAUAUCAAAAUCAUAACCAACAUCAUUCGAGAGAGAGAAGCAACAAUUACAAUGCCCAAAGACGGCUCAAAAUUUAAAUUGAAUUGAAUAUUUCGGCACAAAGCACCGGGGGCGAUUCGAAUUAUAUUAAUUAUACACAAAACAAAACAAAACAAAAACCUUACUACUAACUAAUGAAUAAUGCGUAUGUAUUGCAUACACAAAUAUUUAUCGAAUAGUUUUUAAACAAUCAUCUUCCCCCCUUAACCCUAAGUAUUCCCAACUCUUUCCCCCUUUUCCCCUCACAAGUAUAUGUGUUAAAUGUGCCAGCAAGUUAGCAAAAAAAAAAAAAAAAAAACAAAGACAAAAAUUAAAUACAUUGAAGGCAUCAAUGUUUCAGUUUUUAGUUUAAGCAGCACAUUUAGUACACGCACUAAAUAUAUUUAGUACAGUCGCAAAAGAAAAAGUUUAAAUAACAGGGAAUUUUACUACAUAGAACAGCAUAAUUAUGCGCUAUAUGUAUUCUAAAUUUAAUAAGUUUAACAAACGAAAAGAAACUUUGACAACAUCAAGUUUUUGUUGAAGCAGUACUAAAUUUAGAACAUAUCUUUAAAGUGCAAACAAUUGUUUGAAUUGAGUUUAGUCUCAUAUGUUCUCAAGUAAAUGUUAGUACUUUAUGCUAUGUUUAAAAGGAAAUACAAUAUUAAGUACAACAGCAAUACUAUUAAUGAGUGUACUAAAAACUGUGCUAAAUUUAGAACAACCCCAAAGAAACACAGUGAAUGAAUAGCAAAAAGAGUAUACUAAAACUGUGCUAAAUUUAGAACAACUGCGAAGAAAAGUGUGUACUGAAACUGUGCUAAAUUUAGAGCACCCCAAAGGAAAACUGUGUACUAAAACCUGUGCUAAAUUUAGAACAACUGCAAAGAAACACAAUGAAUUAAUAGCACAUAAUGUGUACUAAAACUGUGCUAAAUUUAGAACAACUCCAAGAAACGAACACAGUGAAUUAAUAGCAAAAAAGUGCAAUGUACAUAUAAAAUGUGUAUGUGUAUGAAUGUUUGUGGUUUGUUUUUUUUUCUUAUAUAUACAUAUAACAUAUAUAAUUUGUAUGUACGAUUAUUUGUCAAGCAAAAAACUAUAUAGAAAAGACCUAUAUCAACAUAGUGCAUAUCAUUUUUGGAGCAAAUUAAUGCAAUAAUUAAGCGUAAAUAGCAAAGGUUAAAUCGAAACUGAACAAACAGCAGAAUGGCAAUAAUUUUAGUUCAAUUUGAUUUAUUUAAAAACUGUGCAAUACCAAAACAAAAAAAAGAAAAGAAAAACUGUGGCAACUAAAAUUGCGACAAAUUGCAGAAAUCGAAGAAUAUAUUUAAAAAUUGUACUAUAUACAAUAAUUUUUUUUUUAUAAAUAUAUAUAUAUGUAUAGCAACUAUAAAUGUAAGCAAAUGUUUGACGAUUACCUCAGAAAAGAAGCAAGAGAAGGGGAGAAUAAAACGAAGAGAGAAAGAGAAAGAAAGAAAGAGAGAGAGAGAGAGAGAGAGAGAGAGAGAGAGAAAGUAACAGUAAAUCAACUGCAGCUCAAGCAACUACCUCGUUAACAAUAACUAAAGAAAAGAAACUAUGAAAUGAAAAUGAUGCAACACAAAGUCAAGCAUAUAUAUGUAUAUCAACUAUAUAGAGUAUAUAUAUAUAUAUAAAGAUAUGGACUAGUAUAUCUCUCACGAAUGGCAACUAAUUAUACGUAAAACUAAAACAAAUAACGAUUUAUACGAAUUGCGAACAAAGUUAAAUUAAAUGUACAUUAAAUUUAAUUGUUUAUAUAUACAACAAGAACAAGAACAACAACAACAAAUACAACACAUUUAUAUAUAAACAUUAUAUAUAUUAUAUUAUAUUAUACAUAUUAUAUACAUUCAAAGUAACAAUUUACUCGGUGCCCGCCCCCCAUCCCGCCCUCGAGUUGUCAUCGGUUUAAAUUUGAUUAAUUAUUAAAGAAUACAUAAAAAAAAACAAAAAAGAAAACACACAUUUUGGCCAAACACAAAUUGUUGCACACAUAUGACAACGGGGCGUGUCACUGGGCGUGGCCCCCACCUUUCCUCCCCCCUCCGCCCCUCUUAACACAACCCCUUUCUCCCACCCUAUCUAUCCUGAUGAAAAAUGUUUAUCAAUUCUUAAAUGUAGCAGUUGUAGUUGUGCAUCUAUUUCAACAACGAAAACUAAUUACAAAUUAUUAAUAAAUUUAAAAUUUGAAAACAAAAAAUAAAAAACAAAAAACAAAAAAUUGCAACAUGAUUUAAGCGAUACUCAAUUUAUUUCGAUUUCUGUUCUUUAAUACUCUGAGUAGCCAAAAAUUCGAUUUUGUGUAUAUAUCUUUUAUCUUUCGCGUCCGAAAUUAAUCUUUGUCACAAAAAAAAAGAAAAACAACAAACUAUUCGAUAAUUGGCUACCGGGUAUCAGCUAGUCGAUCAUCUGCGACUGCAAUUUGUUUACGUUUCUUUUCUUGAAAUUCAAUGAAGCAAUAUUGAAAGCAGGCGAAUUUUGUUCAGAUUAUUUUCCGAAUUGAAAAGCGAAACAUAUUGAAAUUAUGUAGCAACUACAUGUUAAAUUUUAGCAAUUAAUUAUUAUAAAUGAAAAGCGUAAUUUAUGCACAAAUUAUGCCCAUAAUUAUAUAUACACAUCAAAAAUGGAAAAUAAAUUGAAGAAAAGAAAUUGCAACACACAAACGUAAAUCAAUUUUCAAAGCACCAAGUGAAAUUAAGAAUUAUGAAGAGAACUUCGGAGCGAACCGAAGCGAUGAAACCUUUUGCAGAGAUCGUAUCAAAAAAUAAUGAUAUAUUGUAACCAAAGCUAACUCAGUUAAACUGGUUGCAAAUAGAAAUGCUGCCAAGGUUUGCAUCCAGACAAAGAAAAUACUUCUUAAAACUAGUUUAAAGAGCAUCCUUUGACAAAUUUCGAAUUUUGAAUUACAAUUACAACUGCAACUACAAAUUACAACAACAAACAACAAACAAUUAACAAUUAACAAUAAUACGACAGUAACUAUGAACAAGGAACCGUGUACCUCUCAAACACCUGACUAUGGGCAAUUCGAAUUUACAUUCCGAUUUCAGCUUCUAGUCGGCGUAAUGUGUAUGUGUGUGUGUGUAUGAGUGUGUGAGUGUGUGAGUGAGUGUGUGAAUAAAUGCAUGAGUGUAUUUGUACAUUUUUACAUUAUCGAAAAACCAGAUGCAACAAAAAACAUUUCAAUGAAUUAGAAUCUGCCAAACGAACUCACAUUUUUUUGUAGUGCAAAAGAUAAAAAACUUUCAACUAAAUCGAAAACGAAUAUGAAAAUGAAAAUGAAUGAAAAUGAGCAGAAAAACAAUUGGCAAAUCUUCUUCAAUAGUCAUUUUCCAUAUGUAUAACAAAUUUUCUUCCAAACAAAAGCAAAAAAAAACAAAAAUCGAAAAAAAAAACUAUAUAAA